AUGGGGGACAACGGAAACUUUCCUACACUCUCUCUUCAUGAUGUGUCUGGUGGUGUUUUGGAAGAGUCUGGUAUUUAUGAUGUUGAUUAUACUAAAUACACUAAUGACGAAUCGUAUGAAAAUGAAGACAAUAAUGAGAUAGAGGAGGACCCUGAUGAUAGAGAUUUUUGGAUUGAUGAGCAUUAUGUACACAAUGUAGAAGAAGAUUUGAAGCAAUUUGAGAAGAUUGUCGUAGAUGAAAGACCAUAUGAUCAUCAUGUAGAAUUUGGAGAAGAUUCAUCUGAUUACGAAGGUAGUGAUGACCUAGGAAGUGUUGAUAGCUCCUCGUCUGAUGAUGAAACUCAAGUGAGAAGGCUCAAAAGAAACACUCCGAAGUUCAAAACAUAUAGGAGGGAAAUUGAUUUGAGGCGUCCCCAAAUUACAUUGGGAUUAGAGUUUCCUAGUAUGAAGGAAUGUUUUGUGGGGAAAAAAGGUCCUACUGUGAGGGUAAAAGAAUUUGUACCAGAACAUUCGUGUGGAAGAAUCACCAGCAAUUGGUUUGCCUCUUCUACUUGGUUAGCUUCUAGGUUUGAUCAGGAGAUUAGAUUGAACCCUAAGAUGAAGGUUGGUGAUUUUAUUACUAUAGUGAAGGACAAGUAUGGCAUUAUAGUGACCAAAGAUCAAGUCUACAAAGCAAGACAAAAGGCUGGAAAGAGUAUUCAAGGAAGCAUUGAAGAGCAAUAUGGGCUGCUUCGAGAAUAUGGAGAAGAAUUAAUGAGAGUUAAUCCUGGAACUACUAUGAAGUUCAAAACUGAGUUGAGGAAUGACGAACCUGUUUUUCUAAGGAUGUAUGUGUGUUAUGGAGCAUUAAAGACAGGUUUCCUUGAAGGGUGUAGAACUGUUGUUGGUCUUGAUGGGUGUCACAUUAAAGGUCCGCACAAAGGACAGCUUUUGAGUGCUGUUGGUAUUGAUGCUAACAAUGGCAUGUUUCCAAUAGCAUUUGCUGUUGCUGAAAUAGAGAACCGAGAUAGUUGGACCUAG